AAAUGCUCUAAGUAUGUAACACCUUAACUAAAGCGUUGAUAAAUAAAGACUGGUCGGAUAUCAACUAAACGAUAUCACGAGAACUACAAAACAGUUUAGUCGAUGCAAAAGUUCUAUGUAUGCGCUAGCCCUUAUUUGAUUUACGAGAGCGAGACAUUUUUUUUAGUGUUGUCUGUGUUGUCAGUAUUCUGUGAAUUUCUGUGGUGUUGUCGGCAGACGUAGGGCGGUGGGCUAAUAUUGUACCUAAUUUUUUACUUGUAUUUUAUUAAUAAACGGAACGCAAAAUCUGUAGGAUAAAAUGUCUCAUAAAGCAACACCAUACUCUCCAAAUUUUCCGGCAUCUCAAGGCUAUGAACCACCACCUGAACGCAAGCAAGAAGCUUACCCAAUGAGUCCCCAAACCGGAUACCCACAUCUUCCCCCGGGGCCAGUGCCGCCCCCUGGACCACCAUUACCACCUGGUGCUCAGCCACUACCUGGAAUGCAGCCAGGCUUCCAGCCGGGAUUCCAGCCUGGGUACCAGCCAGGCUAUCAGCCUGGUUUCGCUCCAGGCUACCCUCAUCCGCAACCUGGCUAUGCUGUCGUCCAUCAACCAAUUCCUCAAACACAACCAGGUGGUUGGAUGACUAUUCCGCAAGGCCUCCACAACUGUCCACCAGGUUUGGAAUACCUAUCCUUGAUUGACCACCUUUUGGUGCACCAAAAAGUCGAGCUGCUAGAAGCAUUCGUUGGAUUUGAAACCAACAACAAAUAUACUGUAAAGAACAGCGUCGGUCAGAAGGUGUAUUAUGCGGUAGAAGACAAUGAUUGUUGUACCAGAAACUGCUGUGGCCCAAUGAGACCUUUCGACAUGAAGAUCUUAGAUAACUUUCAAAACGAGGUGAUCCACCUACACCGGCCGCUCGCGUGCGAUUCUUGCUGUUGUCCGUGCUGGCUGCAGAGCAUGGAGGUGUCGGCGCCGCCCGGCACCGUCGUCGGCUCCAUAGAGCAGACGUGGUCUAUCUGCAAGCCGUGCUAUGACGUCAAGAACGCGGCCGGAGAUGUCGUGCUCAAGAUCAAGGGACCGUUCUGCACGUACUCAAUUUGCGGGGACAUCGAAUUCAAUGUAUACUCAAAAGAUGGUGAAACAAAGGUUGGAAAAAUCACAAAGCAGUGGUCCGGUUUUGCUAGGGAAGCAUUCACAGAUGCCGAUUAUUUCGGCAUUUCCUUCCCGAUGGAUUUAGAUGUGAAGAUAAAGGCAGUUCUCUUAGGAGCUUGCUUUUUGAUUGAUUUCAUGUUCUUCGAAAAGUCUGGCAAUAAGGAGUCUGACGGUCCUGGCAUGCUGUAAAUGCAAAAUAAUUUUUGAAAGGUAUUUUUCUAUGAUAUUUUACUUUGUUAGUAGUUUUCCCAUAACUUAUGGUAUAAUAAAAAAUCGGCACAAUUGUUUUGAUAUUUUUAGGUUAUUGUUAAUCUUGUUGUACUAUGAUGAAAUAGCACAUACUUAAUUACAUUUACUUAUGCAUUUAAUCAUCAUAGAGAUAUAAUACUAAGUUUUAGGCUUAGAUCAUGAUCUAAGUUGGAGUUUACGAUAUAUUAACACUAAGUAGCUAUUUAUAGAGUUAUACUCAUUAUACCGAGUUCCUCAAUCGAAAUAUAACAAUUAACUACGAAUAUAGUUCAAAUAGGUAGGUAAUACUUGUGCUUAACCUAUUUCGAUCUCGUCACUUUCAAAAUUGAUCUGUUACUUAUUAUCAUAUUUUAAUAGUGAUCAUUAUAUUAUAUUAUUUAUUUACAAAAGGUUUGCUAUUAGUAUUGUGUUGUUGUGUAACAGUGGCACUUUAAAUGGCUAUUAGAAGUUUGCAUAUUUUUGUUUAAUUUAUUUGGCAAAAAACUACCAACAAUCCAUUAGCACAAACAAACCGGUACACGAUCCACUGCACGUGGCGCCCAAUAGCAAUAAAAUUAAUAUCAAUCUGACUUAAAAUAAAAAAUCAAUUAUAUUUGGCAGCCCAAGUGUUCAAGGAUAUUGAAAAAAAAUUGAGGCAGGUUAAAUAACCAAUGAAAGUUACCUCAACUAUUCUAGUCGCAUGCACACGCAUUUGUGAAUGGCCAAUAGUAUUUGCGUAUUUUUCUAUGUGACUUUUUUGUAUAAAAGUCUGUGCUUCAAUGACCUUUUUGCUUUUGACCUUAAAUUAUCAAAUGGGCAAAUAAAGCCAAUAUAUUGGCAACUAUAAUGUCCAAACAUAUAAUUGCUACUUAUUAAUCCCAAUAAAGUAAAUACGAAUGAAUAGCUAUUUGAAUUGCCACCAUAAGGAUCCUUUAUAUUUUUUUGUCUGUAAACAUUACCAAUAUUUUCCAAUUUCAUACUAUUGACAUAAUUAUGUUCGAUUCUUGCGUUAUACUGUCCAUUAAUAUAUAUACAGGUUGUACAGAACAAUAUGCUAGUUGACUCAUGUCAAAUUGCACUAUACAAAUGUUUAUUUAUUUCUUAUAAUUUUUGGUAUGAGGAAACUAAAUACAUCGAUUUCACUUCAUAAAAUUAGAAGAUGGCUGUAGUAAUUUGAUUUGAAAAAUAGUUUUUUAGUCUAUGCUUUUUAAACACUAAAAACGCUGUCAACCAUGAUUGUGACAUCAACAUAAUAGCAAAACAACUAAACGUCAUUGUCGUGUUACUGUGGUUUCUUUAGUCCGACUAAAAUAUACCUAAAAACUCUUAUAUCUUGAGGAAAAGUUUCCGUUUAUUGGUUUUCUUGACUAAAUUAAUGCUGGACGCCGGAUUUUUGAAAGCAGGAACGACAAAACUCUUUGACUUAUCAGGUACAUUCAUAACCUUAAAAAUUGAAACCACAACAAUUCUGGAGUUUUGAACGAUGUGUUUAUUCUCGUAUAAUACAAUCAUGAUAAUUACUAUAUUUAUCAUGAAAUCUAUUAGAAAUCAUGGUUUUGUAAUGUAAAUUCAGAUAGGUUAUUUAUAUCCUACGUGCUUGCGAGUGUUUGUUUACUUCCCGUCAUACCAUAGAUAAUCUAUAGACUAAAAUGGCCGACAGCGUUUUUGUAUGUCCAUGAAAAAUCUAUUUUAAAAUUAAAGUUUUGUAGCUUUCUAGGAAAAAAAAAUACAUUUUCUUUCGGUCUAAUUGAACAAUUAUUAACCAUUUAAAACAAAUUUCCAAAAAAAGUCAACUAGCCUAUUGGUCAUCUGAUUAAAUUAAAUGGAAUAUUGUACAAUAUAAAUAAGUACAUUCCUCAACUAUAAUUAAUUACGAUUGAACAUACUGAUAAAGUACUAUUUGACUUGCGGGCCAAUUCGUUAAUAGUACUACAUUAAUUGUUAAAGUUAUUUAAAUGCAGUUAAAGUAACUUAAUGUUGAAACUUUACAUGUCAUAAAAACAUAUUCAUGCCAUUUCACUGGCUGUCCCAGUGUUAUGUACAUCCUGUAUAUUUAAUUUAGUGGAAUGAGGCAAAUAAUAAUAUGAGGCUAGUUUUAUUUGUUAUACAUUUAUGGUCUUACUACAAGAAAGUUAGACACAGUUUCAAAACUCGUGUUGACAGAUGUCUAUCUUUUUUGGGGUAAUAAAAUAAAUAACUAUCCCCUCGCUUGGCUUCUAUGUAGACUAUAGUUUAUGGUUAGUGAAAAACCGUUCAGUAGUUUUACAGACAUACAUAAUCUAAACUAUGGAUAAAUUUUUACUUUGAUAGGUUUUUGUGGAUACACUUUAUAACAUUUUAUUUACAAGGUAAGUACAUUUAGUAAUAAACCCUUUGUACCAAAAUAUUAUAACCGUUUAUAUAAAAGUGAAUAUUAUGAAUGAGUCUCGUUACACGAAAGAUAAUGUGGAAUUACAAUCACAUUAUAAUUAUGAAGUACGUAAUCUAAAAUGCAACAUAACAUGUAUGAUUUCCAUCGGCUGGCAUGUGAGUACCCAUGUAGUGUAUAGCCUUGUUAAUACAUAUUGUAAUAUUAUAUAUGAACUUCUUACAAGUGUUAUUAAGGAAUUCACUCGCAUUAAAUUAUUCUUCCAAUCAAUCACUUGUUUGUAGUUUGCCCAUAUUACAUUCCUUGGAAUAACUUUUCUUGGUGCAGUCGUCUUAACUAUUUUUUUCUCAAGCAUGCUUGGAAAUGUAAACAUUAUUUUGACAACCUUCUUCGAGAUAAAUCGAAAUUGCUGUACUGGCCACAUACGUGCGAGCAGCGGCCGGCCAAAGUUCUAUGAAAAUCCAUAUUUGUCGUCAGUGCCGUCUUUGACCUAUUGGAGGCCCUGGACAUAUUAGGAUAAUGGGGCCCCUAUGACUUCCGUUUGGUGAUUUGACAGGAACUAGGGACUUUGUAUUUGAUCUGAGGGGGCCCCCUAUCGAUCGCUGGGCCCUGGGCACUUGCCCAAAGUACCCAAUGGGAAAGACGGGUUUGACUGUAGUGUUUAGAAGCCAAAUACAUAACAUGUAAACUCAUAUUUAUAUUAGUAUUUUAAAAUAAAAAGCACUUCCUUCCUUCCCUUCUGCUGCUCUCCAAAGCUAAAAACAAUCUUAAAAAGGUUAACUUAUCUUAAAGAAGUUCAUGUUCUACGUCGCUAUUUAGAAAAGAUUUUAGUUACCUAUUAAUGUUAAUUUAUAAUGUUUUGUCUCGCUCAGUGAGAUCUAUGCCAGCCUAUGGAAAUCUUAGAAUAGUGUCCCUAUGUAGUAGGCUUAAUACUGGCAUGAUUUUGUAAAUCUUAGCAAUUUGUGACUACAGUAUGUAUGUAGUCGUAUUUAUCCUUGACAUUGUAUAUGGAAUGAAAGGAAGAAAUAAAGUUUAUUGAUCUAUGUCAGAAUUAGGGCAACUAGUUAAAAGGACAAUGGCGAACUCCCAUAUAAAUUUUUGGUGAAAUUUUUUUUUGCGUCUAUGUAUGAAUUGCAUCUUAAAUUAUAGAGUUUAGAUUCUCGAUUUGAUUCGUCUUAUUUCUAUUCUUAUAGGAAGUCUGGAUUUAUAGAUAUUCUACUUUGAAGUUUUGGAGGUUAUGUCAUACUAAGUAAUACAAAAACGAAUUAUUAAAGUAUUUUCAAGAGUAUUUUUAUAUCAAAAUAAAAAAACGUGACCGGAACUAUAAAAGAAUACGUUUCCUGUAGAUUAGUGACGAAAAAAAAGUGUUUCUUAUAAUGUAUGAUCAGUGGGCGUAGGUACUUACUGACGAACCGCGUCAAAAUACUUAAAACUAAACAGACCAGGGUUAUUUAGUUCGAAUACAAUGUCUGUGCUGUAAGAAGUACUUAACAAUUUGAAAAUGACCACAGCAAUAAUAAAGUAUAAAAAAGGAUUUCUAAUAGUGUAAUGAUGGGAUAUUAAUUAAAUAUGAAACACUUUUUUAUAUAUUUUUUAUUCCAUAUCUUUGAUCACAAUAUCGUAGAUAGUAGAUACAAUGAAAUAAAAUACACAGCAUGGGACGGAAUCGUGUCCAAAAUCCACAGCAAGAAGUCGUCCGAAAUAUCAGAUUCGAAAGUCUUAAGGCAAGCACUACUCAACAGUCGCAGGGAAGAUUUCGAGAGUCCAAAUGCAGUCCAAGUCACAUAAAAACACAAAUCACAAAAAAAACACAAUGCGCCGAUUUAAAUCGUUGCAAUACGCAUGCACAUAAGCACAAGCAACGAUAAUGAUAACAAUAUCAACAACAAUUCGAUGACAAGCAUGACAGUGACAGUUAGUUUUUUGCGUUAGAAUUGUCGCCAUCCCCUUUCUGUAUUGUGGAGAUUAUUUAUUAUGGUUUCAGUAUAAUAUUGAAAAAUAAUGUUUCCCCAUAUUUUUGAUAGAUAAUUAAAUACAGUUUAAGCGUAAAGCGAUGCAAAACAUACGAACAACAUAUUUAAAGUUGAUUGCAUCACUAAAAUCACUUAAAAUAAAUGGCUUAAAAGCCAUGAUGCCAAGCCACAAUAAAAAUAAAAAAUAAAUAGUCAAUUGUGUUUCCCUUUUUUAAGUUUUUAAUUCCAGACUUGAGACAACCCUCCUGAAUUGUUUGAUAAAUCUUUUGAGAUUAUUUUAUUAACAUUUCUGAUAAUGACAUCUAUAGACGCUAAAGAUUUACUUCAACAAAUAUUUCGCCAUUGUCCUUUCCACUAUAAAUAUUAAAAUUAAUUAUAUGUAAUGUAAAAUUGCUUGUGAUAACAUCAGUCUGGUCUUAGGCUGGUUUCACAGCUAUCCGGAAGACCCGUACGGGCUGUCCGUGCGCGAAAGAGCCGUACGGGUCACGCCCGCAGUGCUCUGGAACGUGGGUUCAGUACGAUACGGUUACUAACGGGAGACAGACGGUUAUAAAAUGAAUGCAAACGUUUUAAAAAUUAUUUAUUAUUUCAACAACCUAUGUCUGCAUUUGAUUAUCAGACUCUGUAUCUAUUAUUAA